AUGCUCGGUGCCGGAGCAAUUUGGCGGCGCUUUCCGUCCCAGUGUCCAUCAAGACAGAAGACGGCACAUAGCGACACUGACACAUGCGAUGAGGACAGUACAAUAAGUGACGCUGACAGCGUGGCUACAGGGAGCGAGUGGCUUUACAUCGAAGAGCCUGUGGGGUUCUUCAUGCCGAAAAUGCAGAAGAGGAAGCAACACUUGCAUCUCGACCAAGCUCAGCACCUCCUGCACUAUGGAAACUUCAAGCACGUAAUGCAUCUUCACAACAUCAGUCUCGUCACGUCCGUAGAGGAGAUCGAUCCGUGUGGUGCGUCCAAGUGGUGGAUGACCAUCCAAGACCCGAGUACGCUGCAAGUUUGGGUAGUCCAUUUCCCAGCACGACAUCGAUUGCAAGCUUGGAUCCACUUGCUAUCUUCGGUUUUCAGAACUACAAACAGCCGAGCUAUUGUCAGUGACUUGGUCAUCGUCGGAGCACAGCAAACAGAUCAGAUUACCUAG